AUGAACGCAAGUGAAUUGAUGCACCACGAAUGUCGGAUGUAUGUUAUCUUGGGAGGAAGACUAGAAAAACCUUCUCCUUUUGCUCAAGUUUGCCUUAUUUUGAAUAUAAUCAUCAACAUCUUCAUCUUUCCUUUCACUGUUGUCCUGAAGGCGUUGGUGAUGAUCGCCGUAAAAACUAAACGACGACUGAGGGCCCACAAGUCCAAUAUCGCGAUCGCUCUGCUUGCUACCACUGAUUUUGUAGGUGGAAGUUUUGCUCAGCCCGUGUUCAUCGCUUGGCUGAUAUCAAUCUUAGUCAACUAUUACAGUGAUUUAUGCCCAUUAAUGGCGUUACGCUUUCUGAUAAACAUGCUCGUUGGCGCGUCGAUUCUUCAUCUGUUGCUGAUAAGUGGAGAAAGGUAUUUAGCCAUCAAACAUCCAUUUGUGCACAUCUCUCUUGUCAAAGAAAGUAAUCUGCUCAUUGCCUCUACCCUGGCUUGGCUGUUGCCCCUCAUUCUUAACGUUUGUUUUCCCCUUGUUGAAAAUACGACUGUGUUUGUUAUGAUCGAUAAUACAAUAAUGUUACUAUCUGUUGCCUGCAUAGCUUACUGUCAUUUUUCAGUUUACCUUGAAACUGGAAGACAUCGGCGACAAAUUGCAGAUCAGCAAGUUACACAAGAAACAAGGAAACAAUUAUUAAAAGAUAAAAGGGCCUUUAAAGCUACAUCUCUGAUUGUUGCGGCGAUACUUCUGUGCUCUUUACCAAUGAUCGUUAUUAAAAUAGUGAUAACUAGGUUUCCAAGCCUAGUUCCUUUAGAAGAGAAAUAUAUGCUUUUCCUUUCAAUCACUUCGAUAAACUUGUUAAACUCUUUUAUUAAUCCAAUUAUUUACGCUGUCCGAUUAAGGAAGUUUCGCGUCGAUUUCAUCGACAUUAUAACUUGUGGAACUACAACUCUCGUUGAAGAGGAAGAAAAUGAAAUGCGAAUCGCUAGGCCUCCGGAGAACGAAAGGCUGAGGCUUGAAGAAAGGUAG